CUCUGUUCUUCAGGGUCUCACCCUAAACGCUGGGCUCAACAGAGUUCACCUCUCACUAUGGAUCAGAACGCUGCUCUUCUCACUCUCUUCUCCAUCAUGGGCUCACUGACAUCAACCAUGGCCUGCUUCUGUGAUCACUAUCCAUGGAGUCAGUGGUCUGUUUGCACCAAGACCUGUAACUACGGAACCCAAAGUCGCAGAAGGGCCAUUCGCUAUGAUGAACAUUAUCAUAAAAAUAAUUGUGCAAUGCUGUGUAACACGUAUGAAAGCAGGGCAUGUAACGUUGAGGCAUGCCCCAUUCACUGCCUACUGUCUGACUAUGGACCCUGGUCUGAGUGCUCCCCAUGUGCCAAAAAACAGUUCAGGACUAGAUCUGUCCUGAGGCCAGCUCAGUUUGGGGGGGAAGAUUGUCCUCAAACUCUGAUGGAGGACAGGCCUUGCCACCCUAAGAAGGAAUGCAGGAUUGAACCAGUCAACUGUGGGGACAUGUUCACAUGUGACAGUGGAAGAUGCAUCAAACGCAGCCUUGUGUGCAAUGCACAGAACGACUGUGGGGACAACUCUGAUGAACAGAACUGUGGGAAGCUCAGUAAAGCAUGUCAUACUGAUAGGGUCUAUGAGUUCCUCCCUGGAGCACAGCUGAUGGGAAAUGGAUUUGACGUAUUGGCGGAAGCAAUGAAGGGCACAGUUCUGGACAACUCCUUCAUGGGUCAAUACUGUAAUUUGACCCGGGGCAAAGUGAACAGAAAGUUCUACAGACUCCCAGCCAACAUCGAGAGCUAUGAUUUUAAAGUGGAAAACCUUGAGGACUUCAAACAGGAAAGCAUGCCAGUCAAAACUGACCCAAUUGAACUGGCGUCUGAGGUAUCAUAUACAGGAUCAGGAUCAAUGUCAAGCGGACGGGACAUCUUCAUCCCUAUAUUCUUCUAUCUUGGCCGAAGUCGAUGGUCAACAAAUUCAAAUUCCUUCAAGAGCACAGCAAAGGCAUCACAGCAAAAGGACUCGAAAUUUUUCAGGGUACAUCAAGUUGUGGCAACAUCCACCUUUAAGACAAAAGAUUCUGACCUCUACUUGUCCGACACUUUUCUCAAAUUCCUCAACAACUUACCUCUGGAGUACAACUAUGCCCUCUACAGGCAGAUUUUUCAAGAGUUUGGAACCCAUUAUUUUGCCUCUGGCACCUUGGGGGGUAUUUAUGACCUGAUCUACCAGUUUGAUAAAGAGGAGCUUAAAACCUCUGGUCUUACAAAUGAGGAAGUCAAGAACUGCAUCAAUAAGGAAUCCAGUAUCUUUGCAUUAGUGUACUGGUCAAGUUCAAAGGUCAACAGAUGUGGCACUAACACGAUGACUGAGAAGUAUGAAGGGUCCUUCCUAAAGUCAUCUGAAAAGUCGAUCUCUAAGGUGAGGGGUGGAAGGUCUCAAUUUGCAGCCGCGCUGGCCUGGGAGAAGAAAGGCGCAUCUCCAGACAGCACUGUAUACAAAGACUGGGUCAAAUCCACUCUAGACAACCCCACAGUUGUAGAAUAUGAGCUUUUGCCCAUAGUGAAUCUGGUUCGAGGGUUCCCCUGUGCCGUGACCAAGAGGAUGCACAUGGAGAGGGCGUUCACAGAGUACCUAGGGGCCUUUGACCCCUGCAAGUGUGCGCCCUGUCCAAACAAUGCCCGACCUGUGCUUUCAGGCACAGAGUGUAUGUGUGUGUGCCAAACUGGGACAUAUGGAUCCAACUGUGAGAAACGAGCCAAAGAUUACACCUCAGAGGUGGUGGACGGGCGCUGGAGCUGCUGGACGGCAUGGACUCCCUGUGAUUCUUCGAUGAAGACACAUCGCACACGUGCCUGCAACAACCCAGAGCCCAUAAACGGAGGGAAACCAUGUCAGGGACCAGACAAACAAGAGAAGGAAUGCUUCAUCUCCAUUUUCCAACAGCAGAACGUGUGUAUCAACGAUGACGAUUUUGAGAAAGAGAAAGAACUGGUAACCUUACCACCUGGAACACCUGGUUGUGUGAGACCCAAACCUCCAUCCAGCAGCCGCUUAAGGAUCAACAAAUUUCAGUACGCAGUGGGCGAACACGACGAAUUCCUGUGCUUCACUGGUUUUGAACUGGAAGGAUAUCAGCUGAUACACUGUAAGGAAGACGGCACAUGGGAAGAGCCCAAAGGGAAAUGCAUCAAGAGGGUCUGUUCAGGGCCAGCAAUUCCUACAGGCCUGAGCAUGUAUCCUGUGAAGGAUGAAUACAGGAUUGGAGACACCAUAAUGCUGAGCUGUGAUGCUAAAGGCAUGAGCCUGUCUGGACCACGGUACUACACGUGUAAAAAAAGCCUGAGCUGGGAGCCGCCGAUCGCUGAAGACUUGCACUGCCAGCCUGACGAACCCUUUGUGCCGGACAGCAGCUGUAAAAAAGGGGAGAGACGAGAUGGAUCCAAGUGCGUCUGUAUACCACAAGAAGAGUGCAGUUCAUACGCAGAGGAGUUUUGCAUUUUUGAUGCUGAAAAAGGCACCUCAAAAAUGAUGUCCUACUGUGCCUUUCAUGCUGGGCGUUGCCAUGGUGAUAAGCUCCACUUCAUGAACGAAGGCCCUUGCACAGGUGAUGAAGACGCUUUAGAAUGGGCCAAGUUCAGAGCAAAUUUAACGGACAGCAGUGCAGUCCAAGAACCCUGUGGUGAAGACACCUGUUACGAGUGGGAAAGUUGCUCAGGUUCUAAGACAUGUGAAUGCAAAUUUCCUCGAGACUGUGCCAAAGAUGGAGAACACAUGUACUGUCUGCAUAUGCUGAAAACCAAGAACAAACGGAGUAUGAAUUUGUGUUUCAUGGCCACUAUGAAGUGUAGAAAGAUGGAGUUUGAACUUCUUCAUGAGGGCCCAUGUGAGAGUUCCUGAUUGUGCAUAAUCUCAGUAACAUGUAAAGCAGUGUCUUUAAACAAAAGUAAUAACCAUCACAACUAUUCCAUUCUGAAAUAUCUUAACCUUUCCAAAUUUAUUGGAUUUGUGUGAUUUGCAAAUAUGUUUUGUGGUUAUAUCAACUGUAAAUUGUUUGUUUUGUAUGAAUAAAAUAUAGACCAUCUUUAUGUCUAAAAACUGAA